AUGUUCACGUUAGGCUGUGCAUCUCAAACUAUUUUUGGACAUAUCUCUCCCUCGUUUCGUCAGUUCCGCAUUUUCAACGCUUUUUAUUUUAUCUCAAAGGUCGUUAUCAAUUGUUCUAUACCACGAGGUCUAAAUUACCACAAAGCUCGUCCGAACUUUCACCAAUGGCGCGACACCAAGCAGCAUGUAUAUGGACUGAGUUUUGCCUCUUUAGACGAGGCAGAAGCGUUUGCUGCAGCUGUUGAAGCUGCUCUCGAGCAGCUGGCUGCUCUUAAGCGUCAGCAGUCAAGUUCGCAAACACAGGAACUACAGUCAUUGAAGCAGCAACUACCCGGUAACGGACCCACAGUUACGAACCACCAGUUCCAGCAACAAUCACAGCCGCAACAGCAAGUACCACAAUAUCGGGAGCUACAGUCCCAUUACGAUCAGUCCAGUCAUGCAGAAUCGGGUCGUACGAAAAGGACGGCGACCUGUUUGUUGAGUGUUUCCUUGAGCUAUCCUAACGAUGUAGUCUCCCUUCAGGAAGAGGUGGAAUCUCCUGGCUAUGCGGGGAUAUCCAUUCAGCAGAAGACUAUUUCCACCAACGUAGGUGCUAACAGUCGCGGGGAGUAUGCGAUGCCAAACACCGCUCAAUUGCAGCAACAGCAGCAAAUAGCGCCUCAAUCAGAUUUGAAUGGCGGUGGUGGAGGUUACCGUGCACCCUCGAUAUUAAGUGACUCUGGAAGGUCUGUUAACGGAUCAAUUGGAAACGGAAGUGUGGAUGGACGGUAA